AUGACUCAAUUCCUUCCUGACAAUUUGCUUGGAUUGUUCGCGCCACGUCCUCCUAUUCAAUAUAAACCACCACCUGAUGACCUUUUUAUAAAUCGAAAACACAUUCCAAUAACUGGAGUUGCGGAGUACGUUCAACAAUUUGAGGACCCUAAGGAUGCCCCACCAAAGGUUCGCAUCGAAACUCGUGACGAAAAACGGAUUCGCAAGAGAAAGGAGAGGCAAGAACUUAUGGCUUAUAAAAUUGAACAGGGAAUUGCUACCUGGACACCCGCAGAUAAUCCAAAAGCUACUGGUGAUCCAUACAAAACACUUUUUGUUUCAAGAAUUAUUGAAUUAAUUCAUGAUUUAAAUGGAAAGCCGCGGGGUUAUGCUUUUAUUGAAUAUGAGCACAAGUCGGAUAUGGCAGGUAACUUGUUUUAA